CCCACCAUGAAGCCGGUGGACGGUGGUGCUCCCCACCGCCACCGCGACAGCCACAGCCAUUCGACAACACCGGAGGACACGCCCUUCCACCUCCUGGAGAUCACCAUCAUCUCCGCCCAGGAGCUCUACCCCGCCGUCCGGUGCUUGAAGACGUACGCGUCCGCGUGGGUGGACCCGGAGCACAAGCUGUACACCCGGGUGGACCGCGCCGGCCACGCAGACCCCACCUGGAACGACAAGCUCGUCUUCCGCGUCGACGACGCGUUCCUCCGCUCCGACAUGGCCGCCGUCACCGUCCACCUCCACGCCACCCGCGGUCGCUUCAGCCCCCUCCCGGACCACCUCCUCGGCACCGUCCGCGUCGUCCUCAGCGCCCUCGGCCCUGCCGCUGGCCCCCGUCGCUGCGUCGCCCUCCAAGUGCGACGCCCGUCCUCCCUCCGCCCCCACGGCAUCCUCAACCUCGGCGUCGCCAUCCUCGACUCCUUUGCGAAGAACAUGCCGCUGUAUUACGACCUCAACUCCAAGUCGGCCUUCGCCUACAAGGAUCUCAUCGGUGCAAAACGGGGGAAAUCCAACGGCCCGAGGUGGCCGUCCAUUGACUGCGACGGUUGGCAGCCGGAGAGGAACGGGUCGGUGGAAAUGGCGAGUGGCGUGGAAGAGCGGGAGAGGGAGGAGUUGAGGAGCAAGCUGGAGAUGUGGAAAGCCGAGGUGACGCCGGACCAUGAGGCGGACGACCGAUCGAACUGCAGGGAUAGCGAUAAGAGGAGGAGGAGGAGGGGGAGCAGCGGGCGGCUGUCUUGCUUCUCCUACACCGGCGAAGUGAUGGAUUGAUUAGUUUCCUUUCCGCUGGUUACCAUUGGUACUUUUUGUUGGUUGAAAUGAGCUUUCUAAGAAGCUCUAUGCUUCCAGCUGAGCUGAAGGGUCUGCAA